GAACCCGGUCCGAGAACCCAAAAAAGCCGGACUGGACCAGGGACGUCGACUCCAUGCCAUCCCUGUGAAAGCUCUGGUCUAAAAAUGAAGAAAGACUGAAACUUGACGGUCUCACCGGAGAAGAUGAUCGUCUGCGUCGCCGUCGUCGGCCAUCAGAACAAUCCUCUGUACAUACAGAGCUUCACUGAAGCAGACGAUGCGCUUAAGCUUCACCACGUAGUCCACUGCUCACUCGAUGUCGUCGACGAGCGAGUGAACAAUCCCAAGAAGUCUGGUCCGAUGCUGAAUGAGACUUAUCUGGGCCUGCUUUAUCCAACUGAAAACUACAAAGUGUAUGGCUAUCUGACUAACACAAAGGUAAAAUUCAUCUUGGUGACAACAGAUCUCGAUGUCAAAGACGCGGAUGUGAGAAAUUUCUUCAGGAGGUUCCAUGCAGCAUAUGUUGAUGCAGUUUCAAAUCCUUUUCACGUGCCGGGAAAAAAGAUAACAUCCAGGACAUUUGCGGAGAGAGUCAGUACGAUUGUCAAGGCUUUUGGGUUGAGUUCGGCUGGGUAAAUUUCUUCUGAUAUGCAGAGUAGACUUUCUGGUAUUCUUAUUGGUAAGUUGUGGAACCAGUCCAGGUGAUUAAUGCGUUCAUUUCAAAUUGUUCUCGGUUUCCAAAUCUUAAGUUAGGGAAAUCCAGUUUUUGCUUGCUGAAGAACAUCUAGAAGGGUGUAAUUGAGUGUACCAGUUUCUGUAACUUUAUCAUUCUCAUGGGAUACAAUUCAAAGAUGUUCAGAUUAUCCCUUUAAAUGAUGAAAAUAUAAAGUUUCCAUCCC